UAAAAACAACAGGACUAAAGUUAGUGUACCACACUGUUGGUUAACAAUGUUUUUUAAUGAAAGGUGUUAAUUUCCUGCAACACAUCAGACUAAACUGGAUUCACUGGUGGAGAGAACCAGGAAGGUAAUCAGUGGGAAAUCUGUAGAAAUAUACCUGGGGGUGUGCCACACUCACAUUACAGACCGCUGUGCUGAAGGAGUGAGAUGAGUAGCUGAAAGAGGAACAGCUGGACACAUCUGCUACCACUCUAAGUCUGAAGAGGCAUCGGAAGAAAAUUGUUUGCGCUGCUAAUCCUGCAAAAGCUUUACUAGACAUAAUGCAUUACGUUGCUAUCUUUGCUCUGCUGACGGCUUGUGCUUUGGCUGAUGACCAUUACUCCUUCUCUAAGGCUGUGGGACAAGGAGGCGGAUCCUCGUACAGCAUCGUUGGGGACGGCAGAAUCACCGCCAUUAGAGUCUGGGAGGUCUACAACAACUACAUCUACGGUUUCCAGCUCUGCUACGGAGUCGUUUGGACUCCGGUUGUCGGCUACGUGUCUGGCGAACCCAACGAGCUGCAUCUGUACGACGACGAAAGAAUCGUCCAGGUGUCUGGGAAGUACGCUCAGUACAUCCAGUCGCUGAUCUUCGUCACAGACAAAGGCCGCUCCCUGCACGUGGGCCAGCCCGCCGGCACCGCCUUCAACAUGUAUCCGACCCAUCCGGACGCCGAGCUGCGCUUCCUCAGCGGCCGGGUCAGCGGGCCGUCCUCAAUACUGACAGCAGUGAGACUAAGUAAGUUAUGGUGAAAUAAAUGGUUUCCACGUUCAAACUGAUAUUCUCUCCACAUUGAAUAAUUUUGACUUUAAUUUGCUUAAUAUUUAUUCAUAUAUUAAAACUUAGAUUAAAAUCUGCUUUAAUGAGAAGACAGUUCUGUCAUGUUGGGUUUUAAUCGUCUGACCCACAUGCAAGAACACCCACAGAACAACGGAAAUCAGUAAAAUUAUAUUUAUUGCAGAGAAUGACAGUCAGAGAAAAAGGGGAAAAAACUGGUCCGGAGAGGGUUCGAUGCUUCUGGUUGGAGCUAAGGGUGAGAGAGUAUGGUGAGUUCGAUGACUGGAGGAAAUGGUAAACUGCUGGAAGAAAACUUAACGUUCUUACUUUAGCUGAGAUGAUACGGACCGGGGGGGGGGAAGUCUGAAGGAUCCUGGCCGGAUUACUUGAGGUCGAGUGUUGCUGCUUCGCUUAUGGUGGUGGGGCAGCUCUGGAGGGCGGACGAGGUCUGGGCGGGUUUCGUUAUGGCCGGAGAGAGGAGGGCAGCGAGCGUGGAGAUCCGAUCACCAAGGUGGGAUUCAGGGACUUGGGCAUCCGGUGGGCAAUAAUCCACCGGCGUCACAAGGAGAGGUUCUGCGCUGGAUUUUCACUAAGGGGUUCUCAGCUUCUGUAGUGAGAGUUCCUAUGGAGGCACAAAAAACAAAGAAUCACUAGAAAUUCACAAAGUUCGAUCACUGGAGAACUUCAGGUGGCCUGUAAUACCAAAACUGGCAAAACACUCUGGCACUGGUGUGUAGGCUGCCUCCUCCUCUUAUGCUCCUCCAAAUGAGAUCAUGCAGUGCAGGUGAUGAAUAUCAGCUGGUCCACACCCUCCAGGAAUGACUGCCAGGCGCCCCCUGAAGGAUGGACAGGGAAACAGCAACCCCAACCACAGACAGGAAACACCCAGGAACCCAACAAGUUCAUAUAUAUUGUCACUGGAAAUUUUUAUUUUGCAUUUUGCUCUGCAGGUUCAAAGUAAAUGAUUUUAGUAUUCAUAAAAAAUAUGAAUGUGUUUCUUGUUAUGUUUGUGAAUCCUAAACAUUUUGUAACCCGUAUUUCUGUCUGACUUUGGUUCCAAGGCUCUAACUCAGGAUUUUAUUUGUCAAUGAAAACUUUAAUAAAAACUAAUCAGAAUAUA